AUGCGCGCAACACGUAUGCGAUUAUUACCUGUUACAUUACCAAAAUUAACUAAACUUGAACGAUUAGAUUUAGGUGCUAAUUCAUUUAUUGAAUUCCCUAUUGUUUUAACAAAUCUUCCAUCUCUUAAAGAGUUAUGGCUUGAUUCAAAUAAAUUAAUAUCAAUAGAUGAUUCGAUUGAUAAAUUAACAAAUCUAACUUUUCUUGAUAUAUCACAAAAUCAAUUAAGUGAAUUACCAUCUUCAAUUGGUGAUUGUAAAUUAAGUGAUUUACAUGUAUCAGAUAAUUUUCUUAUUGGUUUGCCGGAUUCAAUUGUUAAUUUAACUAGUUUAGAAACUUUAACAGCAAAUAAUAAUCAAAUUGAACGUUUACCGAAUAAUAUUGGAAAUAUGACAUCAUUAGUUGAAUUACAUUUAUCAUUUAAUAAUUUAACAUCAAUACCAACAAGUAUUGGUUUAUUACAUAAUUUACAAUUUCUUACAUUAGAUCAUAAUCAAAUUCAAUCAAUACCAGCAACUAUUGGUAGUUGUUCAAGUUUAAGUAUACUUUCAUUACGUUCAAAUUGUUUAACAACUCUACCAGAUGAAAUAGGACGUUUAUCUUUAUUGAAAGUACUUAAUGUUAGCGGAAAUUUUCUUCGAUAUUUACCUUGUACAUUAUUAAAACUUAAAAACUUACAAGCAUUAUGGAUGAACGAAAAUCAAGCAAAACCUUUAAUUGCAUUCGAACAAGAACGCCAUCCAAUAACAGGUCAACGUGUACUUACAUGUAUACUUUUACCACAAACUGAUCCUUCAAUGAAUCGACAUACAUCAAAAAAUCGAUUUAUUGCCGAACAAACAAAUGAUUAUACGAAUCGUCCAAUAACUCUUCGUUUUGCUAAUGAUACAAUUGAUGAACCACGACAACUUGUUCGUAAUCCAACACCAUAUCCAAAAGAAAUGCGAGCAUUUGCUAAUAUUCUUCGGAAUUAUAAUCAUAAUCAUCAACGUCAAAAAUAUUCUUCUUCGUCAAAUUUAUUAAUGGUUUGUGAUGAAAUUCCAAUAGAUAAAUCUUGGUGUGAACGUACGAACUCGGCAUCUGUUAGUUCAAUGAAUUCCGAUCUAUUAUGUUGUCCAUUAGCACGAAGUCACGAUGAUUUAUUAUUUAGUACUAGUCCAUUAGAUGAUAUUGAAAGAAUGCGUCCCGAUUUAUUACCUGGACAAAUAAAUGAUAUCGAUGAAAAUUUGAUUAGUGACAAAAAAAAAAUGAAUUCAUCAAAAGCUGAAGCUGAAAAUAUUGAACCAACAGCUGGUAAAGAAAUGCUGGAUAAAUAUUGGGCUGAAAUUAAACAUGAAAUAGAUGAUAUUAAUAUUGUUGAAUUUCGUACAACAGAUUUGCCUUUAGCACGUAUUAAAAAAAUCAUGAAAUUAGAUGAUGAUGUUAAAAUGAUUAGUGCUGAGGUACCGAUAUUAUUUGCUAAAGCAGCUGAAUUAUUUAUUCAAGAAUUAACAAUUCAUUCAUGGUUACAAACAGAAGAAAGUCGACGUCGUACAUUACAGAGAAAUGAUGUUGCUGCAGCUAUAUCAAAAAAUGAAUUAUUCGAUUUUCUUAUUGACAUUGUUCCACGUGAAGAAGCAACAAAAACACAUAAGAAAAAAGAAAGUGUUAGUGAAGUACAAUAUAUUGUUACAUUACCAACAUCAAGUGGCAUGGGCAAUACUAUUCAAUUACCUAAUGGUCAAAUUAUUCAAUUACCUCAAAAUUUAUCAUCAAAUAUUGUUACUAUGGCAAGUCCACAAGGUACACAACAACAAUAUACAAUUGGACCUUAA